AUUACGCAGACAUUUCAAAUGUGUGUACUGUGUCAGGUUGUGAAUCUUAGUAUAAUUUUGCCGAGCAAAAAGUAAUAGACGAGCCCCCUGGGAGGAUCGAACUCCCGACCCCUGGUUUACAAGACCAGUGCUCUGCCACUGAGCUAAGGAGGCGGUUGUCAAGGGAGGUCUUUGCAACCACAUUACGUUCAUUAAUGGGUCUGUAACGGCGUUCUCUGCGCGAUUUAAUAAAUCGUUAAUGUAGACCUCGCGUAGAAGUUAACAACGCGAGAUCUUCAGCUUCGUUUAGAAGGUGCCGUCCUGUCGCAAACAGAUUAUACACAAGGCUUCGUUGGAAGCAAGUUUUUCCGACUUUUGCAAGAAUUUUGUUACACAUUGGCGUCAACGAUUAAUAGCUGUUAAAAGAAAAUACAAGCUGCUGAUUCUUGUAUUGAAUUUUCAUCACUGCAGGGGCAGCUGACAGAUGGAAAUGGUGACAUGAUGUCCGGGGCAGCGGUUGGCAACAAGACGACAGGCGAUCGGGCUUUGCAGCAGCAGAUACAAACUGUCUGGAAGACUCUACAGGAUACAAGGAGUAACUUGUUCAUCUGCGAUACUCUCAUUCGCCAAAUAGUGAAGCCGGCACCUGCCGUCGGUGCCACGGCGUCACGACAGAUGCCCGAGACGUCCGUGCAGACGGACGUCCGGCCCGUGACGAGUGUGGGUACCCAGUGUGUGCGUGGCACUGUGGAGAACGAGUACUGCCAGACGUCCCCUGAGCUCUGCACCCGGGGCGUGCAGGCCAAGGAUGUUGCUGCCACCGUGCGGAACAAAUAUUGCCAGGCAGUCGCUGAUGUCGCCACAUCAGUUGUCCAGACGGUUGGGGCAGGGGAGCCGUCGUGUGACGUCAGCGCCGCUGGAGACGAGGAUCGCCUGCCGCUGGUGCAGAGGACCGCCGGCUGCACGGUGCCACACAGAGAAUACCAGCGUCUGAAAAGAAAGACCGACGUCCUUAAGAGGAGGCUGCGUGCAGAACGGGCUAGAAAUGUGAGGCUGCUGUCCGGAGACUCAGCUUAUCGGCUGUCUGCUCUGCGCCUGGCGACGCUGGCCCUGUCCAUACAGGAGACCUACCAGGAGAUGCUUCUGGACCUCGGGAGCUUGCUGCAGCAGUUGGCAGCCCUGGUGUCGGACGCACCCGGGCCCGCCACCCUGCCUCCCCCAGAGGGUGUGGGCGGCUGGUACCGGCAGGUGCGCGAGCUCGCCGCUGCUGCGCUCAGGUCCAUAAUUGAAAAUCAGACAGAAAUCGGCCGAGUGAGAAUCGAAGUCAGAGAAGUACCCAGUCGAGAGCUGUCACCUGCGGGAAACAGUCGACGUGACAGAGACCUGACGACGCCAGUCACCUCGGAAGGGCUCCGUACUCGGACACAGGCGACUCGUCGCGUUCACGCCCACAGUUCUCACGAUGCCAGCCGACGAGAGUCCUCUCGCGUCUCGGUCGAGGCGAGGCAGAAGAGCAGUGCGAGUGCAGACACCGGCGACGACCGGUCCACCGGGGUGUGCGGGGGACAGUUUCCUCAGCCCGGUAUACAGCUGCAAACUGUGAUCUGUUCGUCAAACAAGUCCACACCGAGGGAAAACCCGAUCGCGAGUGAGAGCAGUUUCCCGCACAGACGACGAGCACUAAACGUGGGGACGGCAACGCGUGCGGGUCGGGUGCGCGAGUGCUCGCAGUCUCACCAGAUGUGUGACAGCGACCUCGGCCCGUGCCUCCAGGCGAGGGGUCGCGGAGACGAGAGCCGGCCGGACAGAAGCGGCGACAGCUCGUCCGACGAGGAGAGCGCCGUCGACAUCGCCUGCUGCUCGCACUCCUGUCACCACCACACCUACCUCCGGACGUUCGUCGAGUCGCAGAAAAAAUCGCGGGCGCGCAAGGAAACGGAGGACAAUUUGAGUGUCGAUAAUAGUGGCUGCCCCGAGAACGAGACAAAUGGUGUAGACGUCGGCACCGCCACUCGGGAAACUCUACACCCAUCCCGUGUACCCUCUGUACCGUCCACAAAUACUUAUAUUGGCUGCAAUAAAACGAGGAGAGACAGUAGAGGCUGCAGUUCUGUACCUAUUGGUGUGGACGCUGAGCAGAAAUGUGAGGACGAUUACGCACAGAACAAAAGUGUGAAAAAUUGUGUCAGGUCCGAGACACACAGAAGAUGCACUUCCAAUGAGAAGCUUUACGAGCCUACCGACCAUUUCCAGAGGCAGAGAGAGCAUACGGAGCGACAGUCCGGCAGACGGCACGAGUCGCACUGCCCCUCGGGAAGCGGAGGACGGCCCGUGACGAACGGCUCUGCCGAAAGCUUCUGUUCGACACCUUCUCUCGGAACCAGAGAGUUGCCCCGCCAUUUGCGAGGUGAUGUCGAACUUCUCGAGAAGUGCCCGACUUCUUCAGACUACACUGAAACUAUUUCUAGCUCAAUUACAGCCUUGAGAACAUCGUACAAUUCUGCCAGUUCUUCGUCCGUCCCGAAGACGAAGCCGAGGUCACGCCGAGCUGUCCGGCCGGCGACAUCGUCCGGUACAGAUGUGCAGUACGUGAGUGGUUCACCGAAGGACCGGGAGAUCUCGCAGGGGAGAGGCGGAGAGCGUUCGGAGUCUGCCUGUGACGAGAGUGCGACUCUGACCCCCUGGUCCGGCAGCCUGUCAGCGCCGCAGAGCCUCCACCUCAGGUUCGUUGAAAUAUUGGAUGAACUGAAAGAAAAGCUACUCCAGUGUGACGAAUGAAGCAUUAAGUAACACACAGAACCAUGCUGCCAUAAGGCACGUCAUCUACCUCUACACCCAGUCGUGGAUGCAAUAAGCACUUGCUCGUAUCGUAAUACAUGCCUCAUUGUUUCAUAUUUCUGUUUAACGUUUUUGCUCAUCUGAAGAAGGCAUGAAGGAUGAAACUGAAUGAUCCAAAGUGAAGGUGAUAGUAAUAAAAGCUUUGCUCAUUAUUAGUAAUAAUUCUGUCCAGAAUUCCGUCCUUCAAUAGUGUAUGUUCAUUUUUGUAAAUAACAUAUUGGUUAUAAAUACAAGCAUAACAGCUGUAAAUACGAGACACUUCAUGAGAUAUCUCAGGUAAAAUAAACUGUAUUUAAAAAAUUUUUACUUGCAUAUUUUCUAAUGGCUUUUUGAUGUAACAUAGGUAGCAAGCAAGUUAUAAGCCAGCUGUCCUGAAGAUCAGGCAGCUACCUCGCGUACAAGUUGGAACACAUAUAGCCUUCUCAGGGAAGCCACAGGCAGAAUGUCACAUGCUGCCAUAUAAUGUCAUCUCAUUUGCUCACUUGUAGACAAUUUACAUGUAUGAAUGUCACACAGUAUGUGUACAAUGCUUAAAUUUUUCAUAAAACACAUAUGUAAAAACAAGACCAUAUUUAUAUAUACUGGCAUAUUACAUAGUAUCUAGUACAACAGUACAUAAUGGGCUACACAUGAAU